UUCUACAAGUGCGAAACUCAGUUCGCAGUAGUUCUGCAAAGCAGCCUUGCCAUGGCUCUACUGGAAAUUUGUAUUGGCCUUCUGGCCCUGAGCUUUCUGAUCUACAAGUGGGGUACAUCAUCAUUCAACGCCUUCGAUGGUCGGAAUCUGCCUUUUGAAAAGCCCUGGCCAUUUUUGGGCAACAUGGCCAGCUCGGCCCUUCAGAAGAUGUCUUUUCAGAAACAGCUGAGCGAGUUCUACAAUCGUAACCGGCAACACAAAGUUGUCGGUUUGUUUAACAUGAAAACCCCCAUGGUCCAGAUCAACGAUCCCGAGUUAAUCAAGAAGAUCUGCGUCAAGGACUUCGAUCACUUUCCCAACCAUCAGAACUUCAUGAACUCCAAGGAGCGCUUGCUCAACGACAUGAUUACGGUGAUGAGGGACCAGCGUUGGAAGAAGAUGCGGAAUACCCUGUCCCCGGUCUUCACGGCCGCCAAGAUGAGGAAUAUGUUUACCCUGAUGAACGACGGAUUCGCCGAGUGCCUCCAGCACUUGGGUACCCAAUCGACUUCAAAAGGUUUUGAGAUAGACAUGAAGGUGCUUUUUAAUAAGCUCUCAAACGAUAUCAUUGCCACAACGGCUUUCGGGCUAAAGGUGAACUCCUUUGACAAUCCUGGCAACGAGUUCUACGAGAUCGGGCAGGCAUUGGUGUUCUCUAGAGGAAUACAGCUCCUUAAGUUCUUCUUGCUUGCUAUCAUGCCGACCUUGUUUAAUUUCUUCAAAAUGACCAUUUUUGAGAGCAGCAAAGUGGAUUACUUUGUGCGUCUGGUAGUGGAAGCCAUGAAGUAUCGCCAGGAGCACAACAUCAACCGCCCCGACAUGAUUCAGCUCCUUAUGGAGGCCAAGAAUGAGGGCGAGGACAAUUGGACGGAUGACGAGAUCGCGGCCCAGUGCUUCAUUUUCUUCUUUGCCGCCUUCGAGAACAACGCAAACUUGCUCUGCACCACUUCCUUCGAGCUGUUGCAUAACCCGAACAUCCAGGAGCGACUCUACGAGGAGGCAAAGGAAAUCCAAAAGUCCCUCAACGGCGGCUCUCUUACCUACGACGCUGUCCAGAAGAUGACCUACAUGGACAUGGUGGUGUCGGAAUCGCUCAGGAAGUGGACUCUGGCAGCUGCCACUGAUCGCUUUUGUUCCAAGGACUACACCCUCACCGAUGAGAAUGGCAACGUUCUUUUUGACUUUAAGGCGGGAGACCGGGUGAAUAUUCCCAUCGCAGGCAUCCACUGGGACGACCGCUACUUCCCGGAUCCUCAGAAAUUCGAUCCUGAAAGGUUUAGCGAGGAGCGAAAGAAUGAAUUGGUUCCCUACACCUAUUUGCCAUUUGGCGUUGGUCCUCGUAACUGCAUUGGCAAUCGCUAUGCCCUGAUGCAGGUCAAGGGAAUGCUGUAUAACCUGAUUCUUCAAUACAAAAUCGAAGCAUCUCCGAAGACCAUUAAGGAUCUCUGGGAGUCUGCCCGUGGGUUUAACUUGACUCCCAAAUCUGGCUUCUGGAUCACAUUGGUACCCCGCAAAUAAUUUUAAUUGAAAAUUAGAAAGACUGUAAAUUUUGUUAAAUAAAAUGUUUGCCCAAAUGAAUUUUUCUAAAUUUA